UUCGGCGAAGACUCGUCCAAAUGGUCGGGCCAUUGACGGUUCUCGCCACAGUGAACUUUUCUCUCUACAUGAUGCUGGUGAUGAAAGACUGGACGUAACACUUCUUUCUCUCUGAUCCAGUGCUUCCAAUUUGAUCGCGCUUACUUCGAGUAAGUGAUCGAUGGCCUCUUUUUAAGCUUGUUUCCGCUGUAUGGAUUGCUUGAGCUUGGAUCUUCCAGACGCUCCCGUGAAGUUCUCCUCCUAUGCCUCACUCUUGCGGCAAACAAAGACUUUAGAGCAAGGCAAACUUCUUCACGCUCAUAUCGAAAAAUUCGGCCACAGCUGCGAUACGUUCCUGGGAAAUCUCCUCGUCCAAAUGUACGGCAGGUGCCAGGACGUGGACUCGGCCAGGGCCGCCUUCGACUCCAUCGUACGGAAGAACGUCUUCUCGUGGUCUUUGAUGCUCGCGGCAUAUGCCCAGAACGGGCAUCUUGAUGAUGCCCGGAAAGUGUUCGACCACAUUCCGGAACGGAAUGUCGUGUGCUGGAAUUCCAUAAUGGCGUUCUACGCGGAGAAUGGCCGCCAGAUGGACGCUCUACAUCUCCUGGCGGUUAUGGAUCUGGAGGGCGUCCCGCCGUCGGAUGUGACGGUCCUUGUCGCCCUGGAGUCGUGCGGCGCCGUUGGAUGGCUCACCUUGGGGCAGUGCCUUCAUGAGUCUCGAGCUUGCGAGCUAGGGCUUGUCAAGAACGCGGCAGUAGGCGCCGCGCUAGUGACGAUGUAUGGCAAGUGUGGAUCGAUCGAGCGAGCUAGAUCGGCGUUUGUUGCUCUUCCCAAGAGGAAUGUGGUGUGCUGGACAUCGAUGAUCGCAGCGCUUGCCGAGAACGCGGAAUUUUCAGAUGCGGUGGGGGUGUUUCGAUCGAUGAUCCAGGAAGGAUUGAAGCCGGACGCCGUGGCUUUGAUCACUGUUCUCGACGCUUGCGCGAGUCUUGGAUCCCUGGCAAUGGCCGAAUCGGUGUAUUCUUCUGGUUCUUGGCAGUGGAAUCCCUCGCAGGAUGUUAGAAUCGGCAAUGCGGCAGUGAAUAUGUUUGGCAAAUGCGGCAGCGUGGAGAGAUCGAUGGAAAUUUUCGACGCGAUGGAACAAAGAAAUAUCGUCUCUUGGACAGGCAUGGUUGCGGCAUUCGCACAGAACAGGUGCUUUGAGCGGGCAUUGGGGCUAUUCAGGACGAUGGAUCUCCACGGAGUCUUCCCGGACGAGAUCACGUUUGUGAGCGCAAUCGUUUCCUGCGGCAGCCUGGGAGAUCUCGCAACUGGGAGAUUACUCCACCAGGAGUGCUGCGCAGCCUCGUCCUCCAAUUUCGCCAUCGCCAGCGCUCUGAUCGAUAUGUACGCUCGAUGCGACCACAUCGAGCUUGCCAGGGCGGCCUUUGACGCGAUCCUGCCGUACUGCUGCAAGGUCGGCGCCUGGAAUUCGAUCAUCUCGGCUUACGCUCGCAAUCGCCAGGGAAGAGAGGCGAUGCAGAUCUUCCGUGCCAUGGAUCUCGACGGCGUCGCGCCAAACGCGAUCACCUUGAUCACUCUCCUAGACGCUUGCGCCAACACCCCAUCCCUCGCGCACGAUCGAUUCAUCCAUUCCAGCAUAGCCGAUCUGCAAACCCUAGAGCACGAUCGCCGCGUCAAGAACGCGCUCAUCAACAUGUAUGGAAAGGGCGGAAAUUUCAGCAAAGCAAGAAGCAUCUUUAAGAAUAUCCGCCACGCUGGCGACAUCGUGACGUGGACUGCCAUGGUGGAGGCAUAUGCCCAAAACGGCUAUGGUAACAUGGCAGUGGCGACCUUCAUGGAGAUGGAGCUCGAGGGGAUUAUCCCUAACGAGAUCACAUUCACGAGCAUCGUCUCGGCGUGUACGCACUCCGGCCUCGUCAAUCAGGGCUUGUUCUUCUUCGCGUCACAGAUGGAAGAUUACGGCAUCGCGGCGCGCAGCGAUCAGCCGCUGGUCGGGAUCGUGGAUCUCCUCUCGAGAUCGGGGCAUAUUUCGGAGGCGGCGGGAGUGAUCGAUUCGAUGCCAUUCCGGCCACAUUCCGCGACGCUGACGACGAUCCUCAGCGCUUGCCGGAUCCACGGCGAUCGCCAGACGGGAUCGGCGAUCGCUCGCAAGAUCGCGGCGGAGGAGCCGGAGAGCCGCGCGACGUAUCAGCUGCUGUCCAACAUCUAUGCCGAGGGCGCGUCAGGUGAGUCGCAGUGAUCUU